ACGGAAUCUUACACGGUACAUCAGGUACCUGUCACCUCUGAGCUCUAUCCUCUGAUCAGUGAUUGUUGAAGAUGAGGACAGCCUUUUCAGUUCUCCUCUUUGUGCUGGCUGGGUUGCUGACACCACAGGUGGCUAGCCAGGAGCAACAGCUGGACACGGCUCCAAAUGCAUUUGAUGAUCAGUAUGUGGGCUGCAUAGAAAAAAUGGAGAGGGUUGCACCCCAGCUGUUAGAAGAAGACAUGCAUAUGAAUGAAAGCUUCAGAAUUCAAUGGGAAAAGGCUGAACAACAUUGGAGGCAAAUAAAGAAUACCGUAAGCUAUUCCUCCCUGUUGAAUGAUUUCCAUGGAACAGCUCUGGUGGCCUAUACUGGGGAUAUCGCAGAUGAUUUUAACAGAGCUGUGAGAACAUUCCGUUUGAAUCAAUACAAUUUUUACUUCAAAGGCUUCCACUAUUACCUGACCAGAGCACUGCAGCUUCUCAGCACGAACAAUUGUUACCUGGUUUACAGAGCAUCUGAAACCAGAUUUACUUACAGUGGCACAGGAAAUGCACGAUUUGGUCAUUUUAUCUCAUCAUCAUUGAAUUCAGGCAUUUCUGAAGAAUUUCUUCGUAAAAGUGGGACCCUGUUCAUCAUCAAAUCCUGCUUGGGUGUUAAUAUCAAAGACAUUUCUCUCGAUCCCGAGGUGAAGGAAUUUCUGAUUCCAGGCUAUGAGGUAUACCAGAGAGUCACCAUCACCACGAAACCUGAGGAAACAUAUAACACCAUUGAGCUUGAAGAACCCCAAAGCAUGACGAGUAAAUACAAUUGUUUCUAUGAAAAUUAUGACAGCAGUAUCAGUGGAGCAGAUAUAACCACCAUCUUGCCAUCUUUGUCGCUCCAAGCCCUGUGA